CGUUACUCUGCUUCUCGGGCCUACUUUAAGGCCAAAGUGGCUGAUGAGCUCCCACCGAUGCCAUUCAGCGGUGAGAGCUCUCAUUCGCCAGCGUGGGGCUGCAUUCUUUCAUGGCAGAGGUGGGAGCACCGACGCGUUCACAUGAAGGUCAUACUGCAGUGCUACACAGCUAGCGAGAAAUACUUAACGUCAGCUGGGUGGGAUGAACAUUCUCACUCCGUCGUUCUCUACACCCCCUUCCUUUCGACAGGACAGGCAGCCCCGGCGCCAUGCUGCAGCCAAAUGGAAUCCCUCUUGACACCGCGGCCAUCGUGUCGACUGUGCUAGAGGGCAUUCUCUAUGGGUUCUCCGUUUUCAUGUUCAUCGGGACCAUCUGGUCCCUGACGACAGGGCGGAAGUCUUCGGAGUUCAACAGUAGGAUGAUCACUGUCGCCUGUCUCCUCCUGAUCAUAAGCACGACCCAUAUGGUUAUAGACAUCAUAAGGACGCAGGAAGGGCUCGUGAAGUAUCGCGAUACGUUCUACAGCGGACCCGAUGGGCCGAACGGCCCCCUGGGAUUCUUUUCUGACGUUGCCGAGUGGAGUUUCGUGGCCAAGAACUUGAUUUACACACUUCAGACGUUGGUUGGGGAUGGUGUCGUGAUUUACCGCUGUUAUGUGGUAUGGCAGUCGCGGCUUGUGGUCAUUGUCCCGCUCCUUCUAUGGUGCUCAGUAGCAGUGACCGGGGCUGGCUGUGUAUACUCGGAGACGCAGGCCACAACCGACAAAGAGAACAUCUUCGCUAGUGGCACUGGCCCAUGGAUCACUGCAUUUCUCGUGUCUACUCUCGUCGCCAAUUUAAUUAGUACCACCCUUCUUGCGUAUCGUAUAUGGAACGUGUCAAGACGUGUGGGUCAUAUCCAGGUACAAAAGUCAACUUUAUGGCCUUUCCUCCGCAUCAUCCUCGACUCCGGCAUCCUCUACUCUAUCACUCUUCUGGCCGCGCUCCUCUGCUUCGUUGCCAAAAAUCGCGGUCACUACGUUCUUCUCGACAUGAUCAUGCCCAUCAUCUCCAUUACGUUUUACUUGGUGAUUAUUCGCGUCACAUUAAAGAAGUCAUCAUCCCAAGAUCAUCACGCGAGACCGACUCCGCCCAUAUUCCAUGGAUUCACCGCCAGCGAGAUCCCAUUCUACAACGACACCCCGUCGUCGGCGUAUCCGCUGAAGCGUCUUGAGGUUCACAUGACUCACAUGACAGAGACGCACGAGGAUGAGCCCGCGGACUCGCCAAAUAACAAGAAGGAUAGGCUCUCGACGAACGAAGACAUUGAAUCCGUGCAGGAAAUAGUCGAGGAUAAGUUUGAUGUCUAGGCGAUCAGUGUUUAUCACACAACUGUAACGAGUGGUGUCUUCGCCCACGACCACUCUCGAUACCAUAGGGGACAUUUUGAGCUGCAUAGUAUAUUACUUGUGCUACCACCUAGUAUGCUACUCACCACCACAUGUAACAUUCUCUAACUUUAAAUGGUUUCUUACUAAAGCAAGGGCCGUUUGCAUAACACAAAA